ACCAAGAACAGCACCAGAAGAUAAUAAUGGCGGCUAAAUCGGCGGAAGGCAAGGCCAUCGGCAUCGACCUCGGCACCACCUACAGCUGCGUCGGCGUCUGGCUGCACGACCGCGUUGAGAUCGUCCCCAACGACCAGGGCAACCGCACCACCCCCUCCUACGUCGCCUUCACCGACACCGAGCGCCUUGUCGGGGAAGCGGCCAAGAACCAGGUCGCCACGAACCCCCACAACACCGUCUUCGAUGCCAAGCGUCUCAUCGGCCGCCGCUUCUCUGACCCGUCCGUCCAGUCCGACAUGAAGCACUGGCCCUUCAAGGUCGUCCCUGGCCCCGGCGACAAGCCCAUGAUCGUCGUCCGCUACAAGGGCGAGGAGAAGCAGUUCUCCCCUGAGGAGAUCUCGUCGAUGGUGCUCAGCAAGAUGCGCGAGUAUGCCGAGGCCUUCCUCGGCCACCCGAUCAACAACGCCGUCAUCACCGUCCCUGCCUACUUCAAUGACUCCCAGCGCCGGGCUACCAAGGAUGCCGGUUCCAUCGCCGGCCUCAACGUCCUCCGCAUGAUCAACGAGCCCACUGCCGCUGCCAUCGCCUAUGGCCUCGACAAGAAGGCCGCCCGCACUGGCGAGAAAAACAUCCUCAUCUUCGACCUCGGUGGUGGCACCUUCGACGUCUCCCUCCUCUCCAUUGAGGAGGGUAUCUUUGAGGUCAAGGCCACUGCCGGGGACACCCACCUUGGCGGUGAGGACUUCGAUAACCGGCUUGUCAACCACUGCAUCCAGGAGUUGCGACGGAAGCACAAGAAGGACGUCAGCAGCAACGCACGGGCGCUACGUCGGCUGAGGACUGCAUGUGAGCGCGCUAAGCGGGCGUUGUCCUCGACCACACAGACCACCAUCGAGGUCGACUCGCUCUACGAAGGCAUCGACUUCUACACCAUCAUCACUCGGGCCCGUUUCGAAGAAUUGAACAUGGACUUGUUCCUGAAGUGCAUGGAGCCGGUUGAGAAGUGCCUGAGAGAUUCAAAGAUUGAUAAGGGCCAGGUUAACGAGGUCGUCCUUGUGGGCGGCUCGACAAGGAUCCCGAAAAUCCAGCAACUCCUGCAGGACUUCUUCAACGGGAAAGAGCUAUGCAAGAGCAUCAACCCCGAUGAGUCGGUCGCCUACGGGGCGGCGGUCCAGGCUGCGAUCCUGACAGGCGAGGGCAGUGAGAAAGUCCAGGACUUGCUCUUGCUCGAUGUCACGCCACUCAGCCUCGGCCUUGAGACUGCUGGUGGGGUCAUGACCGUGCUCAUCCCCAGGAACACCACCAUCCCCACCAAGAAGGAGCAGGUCUUCUCGACCUACUCGGACAACCAGCCUGGCGUGCUGAUCCAGGUGUACGAGGGCGAGCGGGCACGGACCAAGGACAACAAUCUUCUAGGCACGUUCGAGCUCAAGGGGAUCCCGCCGACGCCAAGGGGAGUGCCGCAGAUCAGCGUGAUCUUCGACAUCGACGCUAAUGGGAUCCUGAACGUGUCAGCGGAGGACAAGACGGUUGGAACGAGGAACCAGAUCACCAUCACCAACGAGAAGGGCCGGCUAAGCAAGAACGACAUCGAGCGGAUGGUGAGGGAGGCGGACCAGUACAAGGCCGAGGACGAGGAGGCGAAGCACAAGAUCGAGGCGAAGAACUCACUGGAGAACUACGCUUACAACAUGCGGAGCACCAUCCGGGACGAGAAGAUCGCUGGGAAGUUGAGCCCAGAGGACAAGGAGAAAAUCGAGAAGGCCGUUCAUGAGGUGAUCGAGUGGCUUGACAGGAACCAGCUCGCCAAGGUGGACGAGUUCCAGGACAAGCUGAAGGAGUUGGAGGCGCUGUGCGGUCCGAUCAUAUCAAAGAUCUAUCAGGGUGGCAGUGACGGGCCGAUGGGCGGCGCCGACGGUGAUAUGCCGAGAGGCGGUGGCACGUCUGGUGGUGGAGCAGGGCCGAAGAUUGAAGAGGUUGACUGAUAAUGAGGAUGAGAAAAAGCUUAGGAGGGAUCUUUGAGGUUGCCUUGCCGGAUGUUUUAUCGUGCUUCUUGAUGUUCAUCGCCCGCCCGUUUCUUUCUUCCUUUUCUUCUUGGGUUGUUGUCCUGUUUUGUGUUCGUUUUUGGGCCAAGGUGGUUGUAAAAAUGCAGGAAAUGGUGUGUUGCUCAAGAGUGAAUUGCAUAUUUUC